AUGGAUCCAGCAUCGUCGACGACGGCGACACCACCGCCGCCGCCGCCGUCCCAAACGCCCCAGCAGCCCGCCUUCCCCUCCAUCAAACCCCUGCCCCGCGCCCCGCGCAGCUUCCAGACCCCCACCAAGCGCAUCAACACCGGUGCCGACCUCUCGACCUUCCUCACGACGACGGCCUACCGCGACAUCCUCCUCUUCCUCCUCCAGCUCAAUCGCUCCCUUUGCCCGCGCCGCCCGCCCGGCGCCGGCGCCGGCCCCGCCACGACCUACCCGCUGACCUCGCUACCGCCCGCGGCCCGCCUCCCGCCCUCCAUCGCCGCCCUCCAGAACCUCCUCGCGGCUGCCGAGUCCCUCAUCGACCUCGCGCCCCCCGACCCGGGUCCCCGCCGCUUCGGCAACGUCUCCUUCCGCAAGUGGCACGAGCUCCUCGCCGAACGCGCCCCCGCCCUGCUGGCCGAGCACCUCCCCGACUCCGUCCUCGCCUUCCCCACCGCCCCGGUCUCCGACCCUCCCUCAUCCGAGCUCCUCUCCUACCUCCUCGGCGCCUUCGGCUCCCCGCAGCGCCUCGACUACGGCACCGGCCACGAGCUCUCCUUCCUCGCCUUCCUCGGCUCCCUCUACAAGCUCUCCUUCUUCGCCGACGACGUUCCGACCUCCCCCGCCCCCGGCGAGCCGGACACCGCCGCCCUCGACCGCACCAUCGUCCUCGGCGUCAUCGAACCCUACCUCCGCGUCGUCCGCCGCCUCAUCCUCACCUACACCCUCGAGCCCGCCGGCUCCCACGGCGUCUGGGGCCUCGAUGACCACUCCUUCCUCCCCUACAUCUUCGGCUCCGCCCAGCUCACGAGCCCCGUCUCCUCGGACGCCGACCCCAUGCCCACCGAGGGCUCCGUCCGCGGCGCCCCCAAGACGGGCGACAUCGUCAAGCCCGCCGUCGUCGAGGCCCAGCGGUCCGAGAACAUGUACUUCUCCGCCGUCGGCUUCAUCAACGACGUGAAGAAGGGCCCCUUUUGGGAGCACAGCCCCAUUCUCUUUGACGUGUCGGGCGUCAAGGACGGGUGGGGGAAGAUCAACAAGGGCAUGCUUAAAAUGUUCAACGCAGAGGUGCUCCAAAAGUUCCCCGUCGUCCAGCACUUCACCUUCGGCUCCCUCUUCGCCUGGGACCAGGACCCCGACGCCGCCCCCGUCUCGCAGUCGGUCCACUCCGCGAACCAGCCCUCGUACAACUACCCCGCGACCACCGCGCCCCCGCUAAAGGAUGUGGCGGAGUGCAUUGGGCGAUUAUAA